AUGAGAGCUGCCGUUGCUCUUCUUUGUCUUUGCCUGCUAGCUUUUGGAUUUGCUGCUCCAACAUCCCGCGAUGGAAAGCCCGCAAUAAUUCACGACGCUUCUUCUCUCUCUGCUCCGACCGACGUCGACGGCCGUCUUGAUCAGUACGAGCCUACGGCCAUUGAAUUGAGAUCAGAAUCUCGAUGCAGCUCCGAUGCCGAUACGGUUAGAAACGAGCUGCUAGAUGAUGUUGAGCGAAUGCCGAACCUUCAGGCCACCUGCUUUCGUCAUCGCCUUACCGCCUUCGCGAAGACAGUCAUUCUCGUCACAGGCGAGAUUGGACUCGCAUUCUUCGGCCUGGUGGCAUUUCUAGUGGCAGUGACGUAUCUGUGGCCUGACAGGCAAGCAAAUUGCUCGGUCUCCGACAAUACCAUCGCUAAUCAAGUCUGUAGGAUCAAGCGUGUCACUGCCUUAGAUUCACAUACCGUUCAUAGUAUGGUUCCUCGAUCAGAGGGCAGGGAUAAAUGA